AUGGCAUUCAGUGAAGACACGGCGAAGAAUACAGUAUUGUUGGACGAUAUUGUUCUAUACGACUAUGAUCUCUCGGAAGAAGCUAAAAAUCAAUUUGGUUUUCAUAAAGACAUUUUGCAUGCAUAUAAUCUGGAUCGACUUCGUAUCAUUCAAAAUCACAAAUUAACACCUGUAGGUCGACAUCUUCUUUUACUUCUUCUCGACGGCAAUUAUAAAAAUUGUAAGAAAGUACUCAACUAUGCUGCUGCAAACAAGGAAGUUUUUCAGAAAAGUAUGCCAAAUAGGGGUCCCCUAAUCAUAUGUGGUCUUCCUCGAACGGGAUCAACACUGCUAUACAACUUACUGGCUUGUGAUCCGAACUCUCGAGCUCUACUUUUCAGAGAAGUAUAUCCUGAAUGUGUUCCGCCGAUCUCACGUACGAAUGCCGAAGAACAACAACGAAGAAUAGACGCACUACGAACAUUUACGUCUUAUCGUGAACAAUUACUCGGUCGACCACGUAAAUACGUUGAAGUUCAUCCAGUUCAUGACAUUGAGGAAGAUAUGCUCAUAUUGAUGCAAGGUGGUCUCAAUAUGUUAGUAAAAACAUUGAGUCCUAUUGAUCAAGUUGAGAUGGAUCAAUGGUUCUACGAUGAUACGAAUAAAGACUUCGCUUAUGACUAUCACAAGAUUUUUCUUCGCAUGUUGAAUUCUGUCGAUUCACCUCGAUCACAUUGGGUGUUGAAAGCUCCAAUGCAUUCUCUUUUCCUAGGCACAUUGACGCGUCAUUAUGCGAAUGCUUUAAUAAUAAUGACGCAUCGAAAUCUGGACGAAGCCCUACCAUCCAUUUGCAGUCUCACUUUGGCGUAUGGUAGUGAUUAUUACGAUGUUUCUGAUCCAGAGAAUCGAAGCACAUUGGAGACACAAGCUAUUCAAACUACAGAACAUUCAAUUGACUGUAUAGUAAAGUUUCGAACUAGUGAUCGUCGUGCACAAGAGCCUUCGUACAACAGGAUCUUUGAUGUUAACUAUGAAGAUUUGAUGAGGGAGCCGAUCGUCAUCGUGCGUGGAAUUUAUCAACAUUUUGGAUUGAACUGGUCUGAUGAAUUCGAAACGAACAUGCAGCAUUGGCUUCGUGAAAAUCCUCAAGGCAAGCAAGGUCGUCAUACAUACAAUCUUAGUCAAUUUAAUUUAACGCAUGAAGACAUUGCAGUACAAUAUGCUGACUACAUUAACAUGUUUCUUUCUUCACCAACUGAACCAGAACAGUGUUGA